AUGUUUGCUUCACCGAUUCCAAUCAAGAUGUCCACAAUCUUUGAAUCGAAUCCCUCCCAAGGCAACUUGACCUCUCCGGCACGGUCUUUGCCGAUUUCUCAGCCGCUCCAAAAAGACAAUUAUGGUUCGUGGUGCAGAUCGAUGCAUCUUGCAUUGAGUGGCAAACGCAAGAUUGGCUUCAUUGAUGGUUUUUUGCAGAAACCAGAUCCAACUGUUCAUCUCGUGCUUGCAGAAUGCACCAACGACAUCGUCACGACGUGGUUGUUAAACUCGAUCUCCAAGGACAUUGUCACGAGCGUGAUCUACGCGGGUUCAACUGCUCUCCUUUGGCAGGACCUGGAGACUCGUUUCUCUCAAAGCAAUGCACCUCGUAUCUUUGAGCUGAAACGAUCUCUCAUGUCACUGACCCAAGGCUCUCUCUCUGUUUCACAAUAUUUCACAAAGUUGAAGAUCCUUUGGGAAGAACUCAAUACCUUCAAGCCUCUGGUCUCGUGCUCCUGCGGUGGUGUUAAAUCGAUUCAAACCUACCUCGAUCAAGAAUAUGUCAUGCUGUUCCUCAUGGGGCUCAAUAAAAAUUUGGCAAAUGUUAGAAGCCAAAUCUUGUUAUCAGAUCCCCUUCCUUCAAUUGACAAAGUUUUCUCUCUGGUCUUGCAAGAAGAGAAACAAUGUGCACUUACUUCUCCUUAA